AUGCUAUCUCUAUUCCGUUCUACUGGUGCUCGUCGUUUUCCCUUGCGUUCCGCUGUGUCAACAAGACUUUACUCUGAUGAAGGUUCCACAGGUUCUCCAAGAGGCGAUCUUACAAAUGACGCUUUUGUGCAAAGAGAGAAGGCCCAAGAGGACUAUUACAUCAAGCAACAUGAGAAGGACCAGUUGCGCCGUUUGCGUGAAGAAUUGAGCCAACAUAAGCAGAAGAUCAACAAUUUGGAAGAAAAAAUAAACAACUUCACAAAGUAG